UUGAAGGGUCUUGUGGAUCUUUUAUAUUUCGUUGCUGUUGUCGGCGUAUCGAUUAAUGGGGUCGUUAUCGAAAUAGUGGAAGUUGAUGCAGACUUAGUGCCAGUGGGUUGUUCACUUGACGUGAUCGUCAUUGUACUGCUGACGGAAUCAGUGUUCUUUGCUGUGCCAGAAAUCUUGGAUAUGAUUGUCUCAGUGAUAGUCGAUUUGUUUAUCGGUUUAUCAGAUGUUGAGAGAACCCACUUCUUUCUUGUCAAAAUGCCGUCUUUGUAUCUUGAACGGUCUUUAAUAAUAGCAUUUUUUAUUAUUUUCUUAUUGCGAAAUGUGAAUGCAAACAAUACUGCUACUACAGUCCAACUACGGAAAAGUGUUCAGUUUUCUUAUGCUGGUGCUGAUUUAUUUCUUGAUUUAAUAAGGGGUAAUGCAUCUCAAAACGAAUUUGUAGAAAUUCUCAAAGUUACUACAGAUUCUAAAAAUCACGAGUAUCCCUCGAUCAUGCUAUCUCCGUUUUUCGCGUAUUUCCCUGGCUAUGUGGGGUGUUUGAUCUUUGGUGUCCUAUUCGCUACGCUAGUUCCAAUGGUUGGAAUUUUCUUUUGUUGCAUUCGGUGUUGUGGUAGAUGCGGCGGCCGCCUGGCUCCAAUGGACAGAAAAGCAGACCCGUAUCGAAGAGUUUGCUAUACUACUACGUUAGCUUUACUGGUCACGAUUCAAUUAGCGGCCAUUGUGCUGUGUUUCAUUAAUUAUCAGCUGUUCUAUGAGAGUCUAACUAGCAAGGAGUUAUCAAUUGGUUUUGCUCCUCAGCUCGAACUAAGCUCAAGAGAGUUCCGAUAUGGAAUAACUGAAGUCGUGAAUGCAGCAAAGAAUUCCUCCUCCGUUGAUUUGGUGGCUCAAAAACAACGAUUUGAUGAAGUUUUUGAUGUUGGUAUUAGUGAUUUCCAGCGUGACUUUGUGGAUAAUUCAAGUGCAGCCGCUGUUAUGAAAGAAAAAGAAGCGUUAGAGCAAGUGGUGUACAGAUUCGCUACUGGUUCUCCGGAUUCCAAUGCCAUGAAGGACUUUAUAAUGUUGUUGGAAAAAACCGAAGCGGAAUUACCAUACAUUCAGAAGACCAUCUCCGGAAUUCUCAAUACUGAGUGCACUGUCGAUCAAUUGAGUGCUUGCCGAGAACUUCGUUUUACCACGGACAAUGAUCUCAAAGUAGCCUACACUCUGGAUGAGUUCCAAACGAAAGAUGUGACAGCCUUCCUGCAAAUUCUCGAAAAUGCACAGGAUAAAGUGAGGGAGUUAGACGAAUUCAAUGCUCCUCUGCUUAAAAUGAAGGAGAACGUGAAGAAGGCGAUCCAACCGAUUCUUGAUGAUGCCUGGAAUGACCUUUCGAAUUCCCCUAAAACGCGGGAAGACCUGGUCAAAACCCUCGAAGCCGUUGCAGACAGCAUGAAAUCAUGGCUAUCUCAAAUAAAUGAAGUUUUCUACAAUUACACAACUUCGGAUAAACCCUUAAUCGAAGGUGGAAAUGAGAUCAUUCUCUACAGUGGCUUUGCUUUUCUUUGCCUUCCCGCAUUCAUUAUUCUCCUCUUCUACCUUGGUCUCUCCUUCGGGGUCUGCGGUGAUCGGCCACACGAGGAGGCAAGCUUCUGCAAUCGUGGUGUCGGUGCUAAUUUCCUUCUCUCUGGUAUCGUCUUCACCUUCCUUUUUUCCACUCUUUUAAUGAUCGUCUGCACUGUGAUCUUCUUAUCUGCCGGUUUGGCUCAAACAGAGUUCUGUCGCUACGUCACUCACCGCUACCCCGACGGACCUGCUGUUCUUGAUGACCUUCUAGUAUCGAUCAGAACAUUCAGUACCCGCAAUAGCACGGUAGAUUAUGUGAAUGUGGCCAGCGCGAGACCUUUCUCUACCCUGUUGACUCGAUGUGCUAAUGAAAGUCUUGUGGAUUCUCUUGGAGAUGAAGUUGUCGGAAUGAUGGUUCCAGAUAAUUCGAUCAACAGUUUUCUGGAGAGUAUUCUAAAAACAUUCAAUGAAGUUGAUUUAAUUAGUCCUUUGAGGAAGACCGCUGUGGAUACUCUCAACAAACUCACUGAAGUUCGUGAUCUUCAACGCUACGAUUUCUCCCAGGCUCUGCAGCAGACAAAUGAAAGACUGACGGAAAUCCUUGACUUCAACGCUUACAUUACUCAACUGAAGAAUCUGAAAAUCGAGAAUCUGAAGGACCCAAUCGCGUCACUACAAGAAACCGUUGGCCUUUUGUCUACCCGCAUGGAUAGUGGUAUUCGUCAACUCUAUGCCGAUCUCCAUUCCAUUCAUGGAACUUACAAUCAAUUGGCUGAGGAAUUAAAUAGCUUCUCAUCUGAACUAGAUCGCACUGUGCCAACUUCGAUUCGAACCCAAAUUGAGAGCAUGCGUCCUCUGUUCCUCAAGGAACUUCGCCUAGCAGUAAUCGCGAGCUGGCGCGAUAUUCCAUGCACUCGUCUACACAGUGCAGCGACGAGUGUCGUCAAUACUGGAUGCCACACUUUAUUGGAUCCUCCAAAUGGCAUUUGGUUCGGACUCGGUAUUUUCCUAGUCCUCUGCAUUCCUGUUUUGAUAUUUGGAGUGAAAUCAGUUAACCUCUAUCGCAAGACGGAGAAGUAUAGUCCGGAUUACAACCAACCCGACUACAUUUCCUACCACGCAUUUUACAUGAGACCGGCCACCAGUGAAGGCGAUACAUCUUCAAGAAAGAAACGCCGUCCUCGUAAACCAAAGACUUCCGAUCGACCUCAUUCAAAAGGAGACGACGGAUCGGGUUAUGGUUUUAGUCAUCGACACGGGCCUGCCAGCAAUUCAACUUACCAAACCGUAUCUGUUUAUCCUUACGACGCCUACGAAUAA